UGUUCACAUUCCUAACUCUGUAGGUGUCGGUCUGGUAAACUAGCAGAUACUUCCUGAUCUAAGAACACUUUGGGCCCCUUGAAAAGCUACUAGAGGUUCUACGUGGUCUAAAAGGAAUAGAAACAUGACAGCCCUGCAGCACCUUCCCUCCCUGAGGCGUGUGGCAGUAUGUGGGGGCACGCAUGGGAACGAGAUGUCUGGAGUGUACCUGGUCAAGUACUGGUUGCGCAACCCCUCCGAGCUGCAGCGGGGAACCUUCUGUGCCACCCCUUUCCUGGGCAACCCACAGGCGGUUGAGCAGUGUGUCCGCUACAUUGGGACGGACCUGAAUCGUACAUUCAUAGCUGAUAUACUCAACUCUAAGGACUCAGACACCUAUGAAUGUCAACGUGCUCAGGAGGUCAACCAGGCCUUUGGACCCAAGGGUUCAUUAGAUGCCUACGACUUCAUGAUCGACCUACACAAUACCACCGCCAACAUGGGCUGCUGCUUUAUAGUGCCUUCUGAGCAGAGCCUAUUGUCCGUGCACAUGUGCAAUUACAUUCAGAAGCAGUCCAAAAGGAGACAUUGCCCUGUCUUAUUCUAUCAGCAACCAGGAGAGGAAACAUAUCCCAUUGCUUCUGUGGCCAAAGCUGGGCUGGCAAUAGAAAUGGGCCCACAGCCCCAGGGAGUGGCACGAGCUGAGAUACUUGCUGAGAUGAGAUCCACUGUGGCACAUGCUCUGGACUUCAUAGAGUUGUUUAACAAAGGUACUUUAUUCCCUUCCUUUGAAAGUGAAGCAUACAAGUUUACUGGAUCUGUAGACUUCCCUCGUGAUCCCACUGGUGAGAUUUCUGCUGUGGUGCACCCAAAACUGCAGGAUAAAGAUUUCCAUCCCCUGCAGCCUGGGCACCCCAUUUUCCAGACUCUCGAUGGGGAGGAUAUUCUAUAUGAGAGUGAUAACAUCACCUACCCAGUUUUCAUCAAUGAAGCAGCCUACUAUGAGAAGAAAGCAGCUUUUUUGAAGACAGAGAAAAAGACAUUGUCCCAACCUGCACUGCAGAAGAAGUUUUGAAUAUGGCAACAUAUCACAGGGAGCAAAUGUAAAUCCAUAAGCCUCUGUUGUAUGACCUACUUAGGAACCUUAUACAAUCAAUCAUUUGAUCAGUCGCUCAAUCAAAUUAAUCAGCCCACAGUUUAUUGCUGAAGGUAGCUUUUAUCUAAUGUUUAUGCCAUGUAAUACGUAAUUCCUUUAAGCAUUAGUCUUCAGAGCUUUCAUCCAAAGAACUUGCACUGGGAUAGUCUGCAGGAUAGUUUUGAGGUUUGCUUUUUGAUGCCAGUUGAGUGCAUUUGAGAAAGUGAUUGUAUUCCAGUAGAGUGACUGCACGAAUCUAGAUUUACAUUCUGCAAUCCAACCAUGUUUUUAGUACAGCCUCCCCCCAAAUAGUUCUCUACCAGGGCUGUUGGGAAGGAUAAGAUUAUAAUCUUUUGUGUCGUGUGUGUGUGUGUGUGUGUGUGUGUGUGUGUGUGUGUGAGAGAGAGAGAGAGAGAGAGAGAGAGAGAGAGAGAGGGGGGGGGGGUAUUCAGCUCUCAAACAGUACUUUAAUCCUGCCAGAAUCUAGGUGGUGACUCAUAGUUAACUGGAAUUUUCCCUUCAGAUUCUGCAGGCAAGAUUUGGGAAAGAACCUACCAGGACUCAAAAGAAUCCCUCAAGCAUUUCAAAGCUUCAGGGGGCAAGGAAAAGCAUUCUGAGGCUUUGCAGACUUUGCCCUUUUUUUUUUAGCUGUACUUGCUAUUUUUACUCUGUUCCAAUCUGGCUGUAGAGCAAACAUGAGUACACACAGAAGUGUUCCUCCAGCACUGGGCAAUUAUUAUUUCAGGGCUUUUGGAUGGAAUUCCACUCUCCGAUAGUAUGUUUUAUCUUCUGUUCCUAACAAAAGCUGUUUGAGGCUUGCGGAAUGCCAUAUAUUUUGGAGAAUUGUUCCUUCUGGCACAACAGGAAAGGACAUGACAGUUAUAAGAGAUAAAUGUUAUAUUCAUAACAAAUGGGAUGAAGUCUGGAUACAAUCUGUGGCAUUAGGUGUCUUCAAGAAACAGAUUUGGACACUGAGAA